GUCGACAAGAUCAAGAAGAGUUGUCUGUUCUCGAUGAUGAGCUAUACCGACUUUUCAGACUCGCUCUCGACUCGCAUAGGAAAAUGCUUGAGAGGCACUGUCUUUUAGUGGUAGCUUAAUUUUUCAGACUGUUGAAUGAAGUGGUCGAGUUAUUUAUCAUUUUGCGUGGCCAUUGGUGAAGAUCGAUCAUCCAACGUUCCUAAAUGAUUGCAGAUCCCGUCGUCAGCGCUGAGUGCAGUCUGCACUGUCGUCUGUUGUGUUUUUUGGACUGGGAUGUAAUCUUUCAAGUCAGCCGUCUUGUCUACUGAGGAUUAAAAGCCUGAGCUGGUUGGGUCAGGUGAUGAACCUAGAUUAGUCAGAAUCAGGAGGAAAUGUGUGUAGAGCUAGACACAUUUGACCUCUCCGCAUUGGAUCUGGAGCCCGUGUUUCCACCGCAGAACUUAUACAACAAGGAAGAGCUGCCUGUCACAUUUGACCAAGCGCCUGGGAGAUCAAUUAAUACAGUGCAUGGCCAUGUCUGAUAAAUAUCAGGCAAAAAGCUGCUCAGGAAUAAAAUUUGUGAGAUCUACUCCUGGAUUUUAGUCAACCAAACAAGACUCUCGGAAAAAGCCUGCAUUAUGCAUAGCUUUCUUUUUAGGGAGGUCUACAUGUACACUAGUUGAUUGCUUACUGGUAAUUACUGUACCAAGAAAAGUUUCCCACUGCAAAGAGAACAAACAUCUGUUGGGUUCAUGUGUUUCUUUUCUUCGCCAAACUUGAAAUGGUUCCGAAAUACAUGACUCAUUGACAUCCCACUCGUAUUUGAGGUGCUUUAAAGUGCUCAGGAAGGACCACCUGCUAUAUUAUUAUCAACAUGGUUUCUCACGUCAGGCUUGAGAAGGAGCAGAAGUAUCGUCAGCAGGUCUGUUUGUCCUGCGUGACUGGUUUAUACGGUUGCCGAUGGAAACGCUACAGAAGAUCAACCGAACCUACGAUUUUGUACGAGAAGAUCUGGCUCGGAGUAGUAGUGACAUCGUUCAUCUUCAUGUUGAUAUGGCUAUAUUUCUGGCUCAUAGCACAGAAUGAUUCCGAUGACCUCAACUGGUUUAUUUGGGAGGAUUUUAGCGUUUGGUUUGAUUGGUUUACUCUACUUUUCUCGUGGUGCGUCAUCGCUCUGGUAUAUUUAUGCAUGCUAUUGCUUCUGGCUGUCAGUCAUUGUUUUAUAGGACAGCAACUUUACCUUCACUGGUUCCACAAAACCCUACAAGUCUUCAUUUUAGCAGGCUGUAUAGUCACGGCUGCUAUGAUGAGCAAGCUCUGGCUGUCGGAGUUCCAUCUACUAGCUAUCUCUUUACAGGUGACAUCACCAAUUCUUCAAAUUGUUUUAGUUGUCGUUCUCACAACGUUAACGUGGCCAUUUGCUGGGCUCUGGUACAGAACAGAAAAUUCAGCAUGGAAAGCAUCCCUACUAGUCUUGUAUACAGCCACCAUGCUGUUCUUUUAUCUUAUUCCUCUUGCCUUGGAUGUGCCGUGUGUGGCUGAGAGGAUAGAAUUACCCCCGAAACCAAAGAUGUUUGGACAUAGAGGCGCAGAAGAGAUAGCACCAGAGAACACUUUGAUAUCCUUUGAAACGGCAGUAAAUCACAGUGUUUAUGGAUUAGAGAGUGACGUCAGAAUAAGCUUCGAUGGUGUGCCAUUCUUAAUGCAUGAUGAUACAUUAGAGAGAACCACGGAUGUAGCGUCGGUGUUUCCUAAUAGAACCCACGAUAGAGCAGAGUCUUUUACAUGGGAUGAAUUGAAACAGCUUAACGCUGGUUCAUGGUUUCUGAAGAAAGACCCCUUUCACACUGGCAUGUCUAUUCCGCGAGCAACGCGGGAGCGGUUCGACGAUCAGGGCAUCCUCCGUCUGUCUGAUCUGAUGGAGAUUGCUAUUAAGCAUAACAAGACUGCAAUCUUUGAUGUAUUUGGACCCCCUCAUGGUCAUCCGUUUGGUAACAUUGACGAGGUUGUCGUGGACACCAUUCUCCAGUCUGGUAUAAGACAGGAUCAGAUAUAUUGGCUGGGUGGAGGUCUAGACUACGUUCGUGAGAAGGCACCUGGAUUUGUAGUAACUGCAGAGGGCCGAUGGGACGUUCCUGAGCUGCAGAAGAGGAAUAUCACUCAGGUCAACGCAGAGUAUUCAGAAAUUUCAGACAAAGAAAUAGAUGAGUAUUCCCAAGUCAAUAUAUCUGCAAAUGUGUACACCAUCAAUGAGGUGUGGCUGUACUCGCUCUACUGGUGUGUGGGGGCCAAUUCUAUUACUACAAGUGCCUGCCACUUACUCAAUGAUGUGCAAACACCCAUCUGGCAUAUGACAAAGAGCACCUAUCUGUUGGCUUGGGUACUAGUAGAUGCUGUUUCGGUUGUCUGUGUUGGUUUAAUCUUCCUCUUACAAAGAGUGAGGCACCCAAAUCAUAGCAUCAACCCAGAGGCGAUCUCUCUGAACUCUCCUCGUCAGAAGACCUUUCAUCAUCACCAUCACCAUCGGAAGAGUGACAAGGAGGUUCUCUACCAGUCCAAUGAAGACACGCCCACUCCGGAUGACACCAUUAGAAACAUGAACAUCAUGAUGGAAGAUCCCGUCGCUAACAUCACUCCCCUGGACCACGAUGAAGUCCAGCUGAAAUUUGAAUAAACUGAAGCGACUCACCUCGUUAGAAGACCAUCAUCACCAUUGGAAGAGUAAUAAGGAGGUACUCUACCAGUCCAAUGAAGACACGCCCACUCCGGAUGACACUAAUAGAAACAAGAACAUCAUGAUGGAAUAUCCUGUUGCUAACAGCACUCCCCCGGACCACGAUGAAGUCCAACUGAAAUUUGAAUAAGCUGAAGUGAUUCACCUCGAUGGGAGACCUUCCACCAUCAUCACCAUCGGCAGAGUAUCAAGGAGGUACUCUACCAGUCUAAUGAAGACACGCCCACUCCGGAUGACACAAUUAGGAACAUGAACAUCAUGAUGGAAGAUCCCUUCGCUAACAUCACUCCCCCUGCAUCAUGACGAGGUCCAAAUGAAAUUUGAAUAAACUGAAGCGAUUCACCUCAUCAGGAGAUCUUCCACCAUCAUCUCCACCGGAAGAGUGAUAAGAAGACACGCCCACUCCGAUGACACCAUUAGAAACAUAAACACGAUGAAAGAUCUUGUCGGUAACAUCACUCCCCGGACCAUGAUGAAGUCCAAAUAAAAUUUGAAUAAACUGAAGCGAUUCACCUCAUCAGGAGAUCUUCCACCAUCAUCUCCAUCGGAAGAGUGAUAAGGAGAUACUCUACCAGUCCAAUGAAGACGCGCCCUCUUCGAAUGGUACCAUUGUUGUUCGAAAUAGAAAUCUUCCCAAAAUUUAAUUUUGCCAAAUUGAUCGUUGGCCCGCCAGCCACUGGGCAGUCCCAAGUCAAAGAGGCUCUAUCCUUUAAAUGUUGAACGCCAAAAAGGGUAGUAGCAAAUCCCAUCUUUUUUUGUGUGUGUGUCUUUUGGUGUGAUUUGGCCUGAGUUUGAAGUCCUGACCCUUCUGGUUGUGGGUCGGUCACUCUACCAAUGUGUUUGUAGAGUGACUAUGGGAGGUUUUCUGCAACAACCUUGUGACUCAGAAGUGGCAACCUCGACGACAUCCCUAUUGACUGAAUAACUGGCUCGGGCAUGGUGAGGAUUUCACAGGAUUGAGACAAUGGAAAGGCUUUCAAUGUGGAGAAGUUUUGAAGAGCAUUUUAUGUGAUGAUGUCUGUGGCUUUUUAUAGUCUGAAUCAACCAUAAACCAUUUGAAUGAUGUGCAUUUUAUGUGAUGGUGUCUGUGGCUUUCCAUAGUCUGAAUUAACCAUAAAGUAAACGCUUUGAAUGAUAUGCAUUUUAUGUGAUAGUGUUUGUGGCUUUCCAUAGGCUGAAUCAACCAUAAACACUUUAAAUGAUGUGCAUUUUAUGUGAUGGUAUUUGUGGCUUUCCAUAGUCUGAAUCAACCAGCAACACUUUAAAUGAUGUGCAUUUUAUGCUAUGGUGUCUGUGGCUUUCCAUAGUCUGAAUCAACUUAAUACUUUUAAGGAUGUGCAUUUUAUGUGAUGGUGUUUGUGGCUUUCCAUAGGCUUGAUCAAUCAUAAACACUUUAAACGAUGUGCAUUUUAUGUGAUGGUAUCUGUGGCUUUCCAUAGUCUGAAUCAACCAGCAACACUUAAAAUGAUGUGCAUUUUAUAUGAUGGUGUGUGUGGCUUUCCAUAGUCUGAAUCAAUCAUAAACACUUUAAUGAUGUGCAUUUAUAUGAUGGUGUCAGUCUGUGGCUUUCCAUAGUAUGAAUGAAUCGAUCAUAAACACAUUAAAUGUUGUGUAUUUUAUGUGAUGGUCUUUGUGGCUUUCCGUAGUCUGAAUCAACCAUAAACACUUUAAAUGAUGUGCAUUUAUGUGAUGAUGUCUUUGGCUUUCCAUAGUCUGAAUCAACCAUAAACACUUUGAAUCAAGUGCAUUUUAUGUGAUGGUGUCUGUGGCUUUCCAUAGCUCAGGUUGAUGAAUUAGUAAAAAAUCUUUGAAAAGUGGAAUUCCAAAUAUUUUUUUUUGGUCAGAAUAAUGAAGAUGUUCCUUCAUUUGAAGACUACUAUUUAUAUGUAUUAUCUUAUUGAGGGAACAUGCAAAUCAACCCAUAGGAAGUUAAAGGUCAGCCAGAUAUCAAUAUAUUUUGCUAUUUUUGUUUGUAUUGCCAGGCAUCCCUCUGAUACUAUAUUAUAUUGUAUCAUUGUUCAAUUCUGUGGGUAAUGUUUUUAACCCAUUAAAUCUUAGCCACCAUUUGUAUUCCAUAGUCAUGAAAUAAAAAGAUUAUUGUUAUAUUUUGUAACCUAAUGUAAUAGAUAUAUUACUCACUUUACUUUUACAUACAUGUAUAUCAUUUAUUUUUAUACUUUAAAUGUACAAUGUAGAAAUUUUAGUAAUGGUCUUUAUCAAUCAGAUCAUCAGUCCAUGAUAUCCAUGUUAAUUUUGUUUGCUUGCUAGUACAUAUGUUAAGGCCCGAGUUUAACCGGGCGGUCAAUUGGUGCCCGACCAAUUCAGGGGGGAAAAAUAAUCAAUUUGCUCAAAAUGUUUAGUAUGUUGCACUGAUAUCAUGAAUUUAAUCUGAAUAAGCUGUGAUUGUUAUAUCCCCUUCACUUCAAAAGUGGCAGGGGAAAUGUUACGUAUAAAGGAAGUGUGCAGAAAAUAAAUCAGCACUCAGCAGUGUUAUGAAACCCUAAAAUACACCAGGCUUUUGGGGCUAUCCAGUCGUAUCGGUAUGUAGGUCGCAAGUGAUAUUGUCCACAAAAUCGCAUUCAGUUUCCAAAAUUAUUUUAUUAUAAUUCAGUAUUUAAUGCUAAUUCAUGUGUAAAAUAUGAUGUUUGAAUUGAAUCAUUAAAUGAUGCUCCAACUACGCAGAUUCUAGGGAAAGACACUUUGUAGUAUUCUUAACAAGUGUACAUAUAAAAGAGAAAUUGCUAUUCAAAUCAUUUUUUUAUGAUUUUAUAUUACAUAUAUUUUAUUUUCUGAUGUAUUUCUUUACUUUCUCGUACUGCUUUUUUAUUUAAGUAAAAAUUAUUGGCAACACUUCUUUGAUCACAAAUAAAUGUAACACGAUGUUUGUAGACAUUGAGAAUUAAAUGCAUGUAUGACAAAAAAUGACUUUUACAAAAAUGACAUUGAAAGAGCUUCCUUGGAAUUGGUCAUGUGGUCUAGUGAUUAGAGCAUUAGACCCAGGAUUGUGAGGUUGUGAGUUCAAAUCCCUGCUCAGCAAUUAGGUCCAACAGUAAUUUCUGUCAUCAACAGUAUCAGGUCAGCCUCUAUGACCGAUUAAUUCAGACGCAAAAUGUUUUCUCUUUACUGUUUGGUAUUUACCGGUUUGGCGUUGAUGCAACGGAAAGCUGCUUUGCCGCGUUCCUACAGGAGGUACUUCAAAAGAAAAAGAAAUACAAAACUAUCAGGGUUCUACAUUAUUCUAUCAUUUGUUUUGUUCAGACAAAAAUUCAUAAUUUGUCUUUCAUUUUGCACAAAUUUGGCAUGUAAUUCAGAAUUAUAGUCAUGGAGUUUAAUUCCAUUUGACCCAGUGGAAAAGCAUUUGAUAUUAUGUGAUAAAAUAUCUACUUUAGCUCUGACUUUGUCAUUCAUUUUAUUUCCAUUUAAAGGGAUGAAGAGCUGGGUGUAUUUCUUAGUUUUUAUUUAUGCAAUAGAAUUCUGUCAUAUUAUGUUAUCAGCAUAUUAUUAUUCGAGAGAUGAAUCCUUGUUUCUCCAAUAUACUUGGGAAUGUAGAUAUGGCAUACAUAGAAUUUUUUUUCCUUUGAAGGGAAGAUGUGUGAACAUUUUUGAAGAAACCCCAUGAGGGCAGUUUUUGGUGAUUCUAAAGUGAAAAAGAAAAAUUUUAUGGACACCUUUGUUCAUUUUUGUGAAAAUUUUCGGUUGGAAAAUGUUAAGUUUUCUAAAUUUCUGGAACUGCCCCCCCCCCCCUCCUGCUGCGGACGGCCAUGAAUGUGGAAAACAUGGCACUGCCAGUGAGUAUACUACCAGUCUUAUCCAUAGUGAUUUUAUUGUUUAAAAAGUGUUAAUUUGUUAAACAAAAAUCAGAGCAUUUUGUAUGGUAAAGUAAGGAAAAAGUAGUGUUUUGGGGUAUGUUUGGAAGAGAUGAUGGACAGCGGUUGGGAAUGAUUAGAUGGAUAGUAUGAAUAGCGGACAUUGCAAAUUAAACAAUUUCUCUUCAAGAUCCUGGUGGAUACAUUAAUGACAGGACAUGACUAUU